AUGGCUCAGUACGCCAAGGACCAGGCCGCAGGUUUUGUAAACCGCGUCAGCAAGGUCGCCAUUAUUGGGGCCGGCGGAAAUGUCGGCAAAUACAUGACGCAGGCCCUUCUUCAAACCGGGAAGCACACCGUCACGGCCCUCACCCGCAUUGGCAGCACCAGCACGCUCCCCGAGGGUGUCAUCAAGGCGCCCGUUGACUACGCCGACGAGGAGUCCCUCGUCAGCGCCCUCCGGGGCCAGCAGUUCCUCAUCGUCUCCAUGGCCGUCUCCGGCGGCGCCGAGGCCGAAGCGAUUGUCAUGUCAGCGGCGGGAAAAGCCGGUGUUCCCUGGGUGAUGCCGACCUGCUAUGGCACCGACAUUGAGAACGCGGCGCUCAUGGCGGAGAACCUGACGGGGCCGCUGGUGUUUGCUAAUAUUGCGGCGGCGGAGAAGAACGGGCUGUCGUGGACGACGAUGAACUGCUCGUUCUGGUACGAAUUUUCGCUCAUGAGCCACAAUUGCUACGGCAUCGACAUUACGAAGCGGUCGGCAACGCUGUUUGGCGACGGUGACGUGCCCAUCUGCACGUCGACGUGGCUGCAGUGUGGGCGCGCGGCAGCGGCGUUUCUGAGCCUCAAGGUACUGCCUGAGGACGAGCACGACCGGGACGUGACCAUGGCGCAGUGGCGCAACAAGCCCUUGUUCAUCAAGAGCUUUGUGGCCUCGCAGCGCGAUAUGCUCGACAGCGUGCACCGAGUGCUGGGCACGACCGACGCCGACUGGGCGGUGGAGAGGGUCGACGCGCAGGCACGGUACGACGCGGGCCGGACGCUGCUGGGCGGACCAGAGGGCUACAAGGGCUUCUCGCACUGCCUUUACACGCGCACCUUUUUCAAGGACGGCGGCGGUGAUUUCAGCGCCAAAGUGGUGAAUAAGGAACUGGGCCUGCCGCAGGAGGACAUGGAGGAGGCGACCAAGAGGGCGGUAGACAUGGCGCUGAAAGCGGGCGAGUUUGAGUAUGCCAAGGGUGCGCACUAG